AUGGCUUUCAUGCAACAGGUCGAAAACAUAGCAUGCGUAGGUGCCGGAUAUGUUGGUGGGCCAACAUGUGCCAUGAUCGCUUAUAAAUGCCCAGAAAUACGAGUCACUGUUGUGGAUAUGAAUACGGAAAAGAUCCAGCAAUGGAAUUCAGAUCAUUUACCUAUUUUUGAGCCAGAUCUUGAUGAAAUUGUGAGAUCAUGUCGUGGAAGGAAUCUUUUUUUCUCCGAUGAUAUACCGUCAGCAAUACGAAAUGCACAACUUAUUUUCAUGUCCGUUAAUACACCGACAAAAACAUAUGGAAGAGGAAAAGGUAUGGCACCCGACCUGAAAUACGUGGAGUCUGUUUCACGUGCCAUAGCAGAGCAUUCUCGCGGUCCUAAAAUUGUUGUUGAGAAAAGCACGGUGCCGGUGAAAGCUGCUGAAAGCAUCAGUGCUAUAUUGAAUGAAGCACAAAAGAAAAAUCCUCAGCUUUCUUUUCAAGUAUUGUCGAAUCCGGAAUUUCUAUCAGAAGGAACAGCAAUAAACGAUCUGGCAAAUCCGGAUCGUGUUUUGAUAGGCGGAGAGAGUUCUCCGGACGGUUUGGCAGCUAUGGCUCAACUGAUACAAAUUUAUGAGCACUGGGUGCCACGAGAAAGAAUUAUUACUACUAAUACUUGGUCUUCAGAACUGUCAAAACUGGCAGCCAAUGCAUUUCUUGCACAGCGAAUUUCAAGUAUAAAUGCAAUAUCUGCCAUCUGUGAAGCGACUGGUGCUGAUAUACGUGAAGUUUCUUAUGCAAUUGGUCGAGAUACUCGUAUUGGAAAUCAGUUUCUUCAAGCUAGUGUUGGCUUUGGAGGUAGCUGUUUUCAAAAAGAUGUUUUAAGUCUUGUUUAUCUCGCCGGAUCCUUGAAUCUUCACAAAGUAGCUGAUUACUGGUUGCAAGUUGUUGAAAUCAAUAAUUGGCAAAGGCGGCGUUUUGCUGAUAAAAUCAUUUCCGAAAUGUUUGAUACGGUAUCAAGCAAGAGAAUCGCAAUAUUUGGUUUUGCUUUCAAGAAAAAUACUGCCGAUACGAGGGAAUCUUCAUCUAUUUACAUAGUUAAGUAUUUGCUUGAUGAAGAUGCUAAAUUGGUUAUAUACGAUCCAAAAGUACCAGAAUCACAAAUGCGUUUUGAACUAAAUCAGAUUUCCUCCAAAGAAACUGUUGAUAAACUAUUCACAUUCUCCAAGGAUCCAUACGAGGCAGCGAUGAAUUCACAUGCUAUAGUUGUGCUUACUGAAUGGGACGAGUUCAAAAAUUAUGAUUACAAAUAUAUUUUCAAUUCAAUGGCACAACCGGCGUCAGUGUUUGAUGGCCGGCUCAUUCUGGAUCAUAACAAAUUACGCGAGAUUGGUUUUCACGUAUCUGCAAUUGGAAUUGCCUCACAGUCGUGCAAAAAUUGCUAUAAAUAG